AUGUUUAGUGAUAAAAGCAAAAAAGAAAAAGAAAAUAAAAUUGAUAAAAAUUUAGCUGAAAAUUAUUUACAUAGAGAUCAACAUCUAUGUGAUGAUCAAAUUAAAUAUGAAUCUUUCAAUCCAAUAGAAAUGGUUAAGGAUAACUACCCAAUAAAAAUAAAUGACAUAGAAAGUGAGAAGUUAAACACUAUAGAAAAUAUACUUCAAAGCUAUGAUUACGCUGAUAAUAAUAUAGCUGUAUCUAAUUUAGAAUUAAAUAACCAAGUCAUUCAAACAAAGUCUUUCAAAAUGCUUACCAAGCCCUUAGCAAAAAAUGAAAUAUUGAAUCCUCAACUAUCACCGGAAAUCAAUGAAGAUUAUUUGUCUCCUUUGCUAUCAGCAAAUUCUGAUAGCUUUUUUUCUUAUUUUGCAAGCAAACAAAAUGAUAACUUAAACAAUUUCCAACCAAAGUAUUUAAAAAAUAAUUACUUGCUUCAAGAAAAAACUGAAAAAAUUUCUGAAGGUGAUAAAAACCUAGAAAAUUUUACAAAAAUAACCAAAGACCCACAAGCUAACAAAACAGUUUUUAAAACUAGCGAACAAUAUGCAGGUACUUUACAUAGUUUAAACAGUUCACCCACAUUUGAUGUCACCAGCACAAUUGAAAAUCGGUAUGCUAACUUUUCUGUAAAUGACAUUUUACGGCAAGAUUAUUUGCCUGAUUCUAAAGUAAAAUCUGAAAGUCUGGAACCAAAUGAGAGUAGUUAUAAUGAACCUGACAAUAAAAAAACAUUUAAACUCAAUAUCAGAAAUCAAUACCAAUAUGAAAAUUCAGAGAGUUAUCGUAUUCACCAAUCUGAUAGUACCCUGGAUUCGAUUGCAAAUGAUCAACUAAAAAUGUACGGAAAACCAAUCAUGAGCAAAUCACCUCAGUUCGGUAGCUCGUCAACUUUUUUUAAUACAAGUGACAAUUCAAGUAAAAAAUUAAAAAACACUAUUACAUCAGUUGACAAUAUUGUAGUUUCUACUUUUGAUAAAAAUUUACUAAAAAAUAACAAAUAUAUAUCUGCAGAUUUUGAUUUAAGAGCAAAAGAAGUGCCACAAGAUUUAGUUGAGGAUGUAGCUGGAAUAGAACAAGCACACAAAGCUUCCAAGUUGGAUGUCAUAGCAUUGUUACCUCAACAUAAGUUUCCAACUGUACCUAAAAAAAAGAAUUUUUUAUUUAGUUCAAAUGAAAGUUUCGUUACAGAAUCUAUUGUUUCAAAAAUUGAAGCUUUUUCAAACAGAAAUACGCAAAAACCGGAACAAGCUACAUACGCUGGAAAAAUCCAAAAACAGCUGAAGACAAAAAUUGUAAAUGUUCCUAAUGACACAGGAGAGCCAGGGUUUACUGUUAAUUCAAAGCAUAAUGGAAAAUAUGUUUUUAUUUCAAGUGUUGAGAACAAAAAUCUAAAAAUCCUUUCUGUUGGAGAUGUUAUCGUGGCCAUUGAGGGCAAACCGAUUACAGUUGGGAUGAAAUCUGUGCAUGUCAACUUGAUGAUUAAAAACGCCUUUAAAACUUCCAAUCCUAAUAUAAAACUUACAAUAAAGUGUUAAAUCAUUGCUUGUUUUGUCUUUUUUUACUUGUUGUUUUUUUAUGCUGAACAGUUAACAUUAUAUCGUGAUUCUCGAAAUAUACGAUAACACAUACCAA